UAAAACUUGCUACUGUUGCACCAUUCGAAUCGCUUGAUUCUUUCCUAUAAAUACACCAACUCCUCUUCAAAAUCUGCACUCUUCAUUCUCAGUCCGUGUAUAUCCUUGUUCUACCUCUUUCAAGUUUUUUACUAGAAGGUGGUGUUUGAUAUAUACUACAUGUCUCCUGCAAUGGGAAUAACAACUGAGAGUAAGCAGGAGAAUGAUCCCUUAGAUACCCACUACCAGAAUGGAGUGAAGCACCUUUGUGAAAAUGGGAUUUCAAAAGUUCCUAACAAGUACAUAUUGCCUGUCUCUGAACGACCCAGUUCGGAUAAUGGAGUACCCAAUGCAGCCGAGCUUAGUCUGAAUUUGCCCGUAAUCGAUUUUGCUGAGUUACAAGGUUCCAAUAGGUCCCAAGUCCUCAAGUCUAUCGCUAAUGCUUGUGAAGAAUAUGGGUUUUUUCAGUUGGUAAAUCAUGGUAUUCCCAGCGAUAUCAUCAGCAGCAUGAUUGACGUGAGCCAAAGGUUCUUUGAUCUCCCCAUGGAAGAAAGAGCCAAGUACAUGUCUGCAGAUAUGUGCUCGCCAGUUCGAUAUGGAACUAGCUUCAACCAGACCAAAGAUGGUGUUUUUUGUUGGCGAGACUUCUUGAAGCUAAUGUGUCAUCCCUUAUCAGAUGUCCUUCCUCAUUGGCCAUCUUCUCCCGUGGACUUUAGGAAAUUGGCGGUUACUUACUCCAAAGAAACCAAGUACUUGUUUCUAACGCUAAUGGAGGCCAUCCUAGAGAGCUUGGGGCUAUGUGGAGACACCAAGAAAAAGACAGGAGAAGAAGAUGAUGACAUUUUAGAAAAAUUCCAGGAUGGGAGCCAGCUCAUGGUUGUUAACUGCUACCCGCCGUGUCCGGAACCCGAACUCACACUAGGAAUGCCUCCACAUUCUGAUUAUGGAUUCCUUACUCUCCUUCUACAAGAUGAUAUUCAGGGUCUACAGAUACAGUUCAAAGGAAAAUGGUUAACAGUUGAACCACUUGCCAAUUCUUUUGUCAUCAACAUCGGCGACCACCUUGAGAUCUUUAGCAAUGGGAAGUACAAGAGUGUGUUGCAUAGAGUAGUUGUGAAUUCAACAAAGCCUCGUAUUUCGGUCGCUUCUUUGCACAGUCUUCCCUUCAAGUGCAUGGUAAAACCGGCCCCCCAGCUCAUCAGCCAAGAAAAUCCAAGGCAUUACAAGGAUACAGAUUUUGCUAGCUUUCUGGACUACAUUUCUUCCUGUGAGCCCAAGAGGAAGAAUUUCCUGGAGUCUCGGAAAUUGAGUUGAAGUCUGAGAAAUAUUAUUAUGUAGUUUGACUUUUGUAGCCUCAAUUAUUUAGCAGUGGUUGUGGAAAUGUAUAAGUGAUUUCAUGAGCAA